AUGGCGCCCGCUUCCAAGGCCGAGGGGUCGGCGCGCGGACGCACCGCGGCCAAGGCUGAGGCCGGAGCGAAUACUAACACACAAUACCCCAUCGUGAGGAAGGACGCGGGGAAGAACGACGCCAACCUGGGACUGGACGCGAUUCUCGCAGCCGCGGCCGAGGAACUUCGCAGCUCUUCCGGUAGCGCUGACGGGAGCGAGGACGAGAAGAAGAAGGGCUCCGACAAGGGCAAGAAGGGCGACAAGGGUUCCAACGGUAAGGACGGUAAGGGCAAGGAUGCAUCGGCGCGUAAGUCCGGUCGCGACGCCGGCAAGGGCGACAAGGCCGGCAAGCCCGGCUCCGGGAAAGAUUCGGACGCCAAGGCCAAGGUCAAGGCGAAGGAUGCGAAGACUGAGGAGGAGGAGGAGAAGGAGGUCGAGCUCGAGGCGAACGGCAAGCCCAAGCUACCACGUCCCGAAGGAACCGUGUCUUGCCCGCGAUGCGCCAGCGAAGAGACGAAGUUCUGCUACUACAACAACUACAACGUGAAGCAACCGCGGUACUUCUGCCGCGGCUGCCAGAGGUAUUGGACCGCGGGCGGCAUGCUGCGCAACGUCCCGGUGGGCGCCGGAAGGAGGAAGAACAAGAACGGCGUCAACGGCUCGGGAGAUAACUCGCAGGCGGCGGGUGCCGCGGCGUUCGCGGCCCUCGCAGCCUCGGCGGCGGCGAACGGACGCGGGCGGGUCGGAGCGCUCGGAGGCCUCACCGAGGCUGCCAUGCACGCCGCCGCCGCCGCGCUAGGAAAGCGCGAGCGCAGGGACGGCAGCUCGGACGGAAGCGCGACGGAGGCUGAGGGCGACGAUUCCGCGUACCGCCUCGCCGCGGCGGGAUCGGGCGCCUGGCCGAUGCCCUUCGGCGCCGUGCCCUCGUCCUCGGGGGGCGGGCGGGGCGGCUCCCCGGGUGAGGGAAGCGGAGCGGGCGAGGGUAGCGGCGCGGGCGCGGCGCCGGACUACGGAGCCAUGUUCGCCGCCAUGUCCGGCGGCAUGCCCGGAUACAACCCGUUCGCGGCGAUGCAGGCCGCCGCGGCGAUGCAGGCGGCCAGCUCGGGAUCCGCGGCCGGAGGGUGGGACGCCGCGGCGAUGCAGCAGGCCGUCGCCGCGCAGAUGACGGCGUUCAUGCAGGGCGCCACGGCUCAACAACCCAGCGCGGAGCAGCAGCAGCAGCAGGCUGCCGCCGCCGCGCAGCAGGCGUUCGCGGCCGCGAUGGCGGCGAGGUACGGGGGCAUGAACCCCUUCGCCAACCCGUACAGCAACCCCGGGUCGCCCCGCGCCUCCAUGGCGGACUCUGGUUCGGCUCCCGCCCCCGCCGCUGCCAGCGCCGGCAGCGUGCCCGCGUACCCCAGGGCGACCGAGCAACCCCCCGCGACAUCCGUGACGAACGGGGCACAGCCCGCGUCCAGCGCGGCGCCCACGACCUCCUCGGCUCCCCCGGGAUUCUUCCCACCCGCCGCCGCCGCCGGAGCGCCCAACUGGGCGAGCAUGAUGGCCAUGAUGGGCCCCGCGAUGGCCGCCAUGCAGGCGCAGCACGCGCCCAAUUCUUUCGGAGGAAUGGAUCCGGCGCAGAUGCAGCAAAUCGCCGCCGCAAUUUCCGCCGGGUACAACCCGUACGCCGCACCACCCGCUGCCGAGGGCAAGGGUGCCGCCGCGGACGCCCCCGACGCCAAGCGAUUCAAGGUUGAGGAUCGCGCGGGUCACGCCGGUUAACUCCCGGCGCUUCGCAGACCCACACUUACCACAUACAACCAAGGUUCCACAUACAACACGACAUAAAACCCUGCAUUCAUUUCAUCAUCAUCAAGCAACAUAAGGGAUUGGAACUUUUCCAUGUACUUUGAAUGAGGUGCACGCUAAAGCCAAAACUCUCAGUAGCCGAUCUACUGCAUAUCUAGCACCUGUAUUGAUUUGUAAAGCAAGCGCGCAACACGCAAGCG